AUGAAUCCAAUCUUCCUGGAACCCCAUCUUCGGGACCCAAGUGCUCGAAAAAAAUCCCGCAAUGAUGCAGCGACAGGAGCGUCAGCCGCUGGUGUCCGUGCCGUCAGUGCGCAAAUGGUGGCCUUUUACUUCCGUGCUCCAAUAAAGGCUUUUUUUCGCACCCGUGUCGAUGUCGGAGCCGUUCUAUACACUUCAUAUUUACAGGUCUUAGGGGCCCUCCAUGAACCUGUCUCUCAGGGGGUCAAGCGUGUCUGGCCUCCUGCGCCUCCAUCGGCCACUUUCACCGCUGGGUUUACCGCAGGAACCAUCCAAUCGAUUGUGGCAGCCCCUUUGGAUGCUCUGCAGGUUCGUUUGCAGACCAGCGACAUGCUGGAGGGUCAGUACCGGAGUAUGUGGCACUAUGGGCAUCACAAACUGAAACAGAUUGGGCUUCGUGGAGUUUUUGCUGGCUGGAGCCUUUCAUUUCUCCGCGACUCACUCGGCUAUGCUGUGUUCUUCUCCUCCUUUGAAUACGUCAAAUCUCAGUCGUACUAUUCAUUUGUCACUUGGUAUUAUGGGUCUCUUCAUACCAACCAUUUGGACCUGCUUCCUUCCUCUGGUUCCAGUGAACGAGGCGUGCCGCUUAUCAAGCCUCAUUAUGCCCUGGAACCUUGUUUCCUAAUGAUAGCGGGAGUGGUAGGAUCUGUGGCUCAGCAAGCCAUUCAGCACCCUCUUAGCCGGAUCCAAAACCUCCACUUGGGCCGAUUGGAGUAUUUGGACCACCAAGCGAGCCUGGACCCCUCGCGAAAACAGAUGCUCCGUCUGUACUAUCAUGCAUACCAAGAGACCUGGAAACGCUGCCGGCGGAAGGCGGAUCGGGCUGGAGGGUGGCGGGCAUGGCUUUUCCGUGGUUUUGUGAGUAGCUCCCUCCGGCAGGUUCCUAGUACCAGUGCGGGUCUCAUCAUCUUUGAAUUGCCUUUCUACAUCGCCAGAUACAGCGAGAAAGGUAGUCGUCGCUCUUCCCACUCGUCAACUCGCUCUGGGUCUGGUUUCUCCGUCUGGCCUGAUACCGGUGAUAUCACCGAGCAACUUGCCGAGGAUCCCCUCCAGAAUUCCCCACACGAGUCUCUCGAGCGUGAAUUCUUAGUCGGAAAAGGAAGACAAACCCCCUCCAAGCGGGUGCACUACCCGCGAGAUUUGGAGACCCAUACUGCAUUUCUCAAAGAAAACAUCAAGAUCCCCAGUCCUUUACCACGGCGGAUAUCCCGACUAGAAAGGCUCUUGGCCACCGUUAUGUCCCCCAACAAUAGGCAAAAUGCACAAGUCCAUGGCUUGGUGGGCAAACCCUUGCUGUAUUUCACAAGUGUGUUUGUAUCACUAGGGGUGUUCCUUUUUGGUUAUGACCAAGGCGUCAUGUCCGGUAUCAUCACUGGGUGGUACUUUGAUGAUUACUUUGACCAACCCUCGAGAGCCACCAUUGGCACCGUAGUGGCCAUUUUGGAAGUGGGAGCAUUCAUAUCUUCCCUCAUGGUAGGCCGGAUAGGGGAUUUGAUCGGUCGACGAAGGACGAUCCUCUAUGGUUCAUUGGUGUUUUUGAUCGGUGGUGUUCUCCAAACCGUGGCCACCAGCAUGCCUAUGAUGAUGGUGGGCCGGAUCAUUGCCGGUUUUGGUGUGGGUGCUUUGUCCACAAUCGUGCCCGUCUACCAGUCGGAGAUAUCGCCUCCCCACAACCGCGGAAAAUUGGCCUGCAUCGAAUUUACUGGAAAUAUUGCCGGAUAUGCGACCAGUGUCUGGGUGGACUACUUCUGCAGCUUCAUUGAGUCGAAUUACUCCUGGCGGCUGCCUCUUCUUUUCCAAUGUAUCAUGGGUCUCGCCCUUGGAAUUGGAAGUCUGCUCAUCUGCGAAUCUCCCAGGUGGCUCUUGGAUAAUGACCAUGACGAGGAGGGCAUGGUGGUUAUCGCCAACCUCUAUGGCGAAGGCGACAUCCAUAAUGACAAGGCACGUCAAGAGUAUCGCGAGAUCAAAAUGGGGGUUCUCUUGCACCGUCAGGAAGGAGAAAGAUCCUAUGGAGACAUGUUUCGCCGCUAUCGCAAGCGAGUUUUCAUCGCCAUGUCAGCCCAGGCACUGGCUCAGCUGAACGGUAUUAACGUCAUCUCGUAUUAUGCACCCCUUGUUUUCGAAUCCGCUGGCUGGGCUGGUCGAGAUGCAAUUCUGAUGACAGGCAUUAACGGGAUUUCGUAUCUUCUUUCCACCAUCCCUCCAUGGUAUCUGGUCGAUGGCUGGGGCCGACGGCCAAUUCUUCUGUCGGGGGCAGUAGCCAUGCUCAUCUCUCUAUCCUUGAUUUCUUACUUCAUUUAUAUCGAGAUUAGUGCCACCCCAACCCUGACUGUGAUCUUUGUCAUGGUCUACAACGCUGCGUUUGGCGCAUCUUGGGGCCCAAUCCCGUGGCUUUACCCCCCCGAGAUUCUCCCCUUGAGUAUCCGUGCCAAGGGUGCCAGUUUGAGCACCGCAGCCAAUUGGGCAUUCAAUUGGCUUGUCGGAGAGGUGACACCGGUACUUCAGAGUGCUAUUAAAUGGCGACUGUACCUCGUCCAUGCCUUUUUUUGCGCGUGUAGUUUUGUGGUUGUGUUCUUUCUGUAUCCUGAGACUAGCGGUGUUCGAUUAGAAGAUAUGAAUGUCUUGUUUGGCGAUGCCUCAACCGCCAUGCCAACUCCGGCCACUGACGGCGAGCGAGGGUCGCUUAUCGGUGCAGGGUCACCUGUCCCGUCCCUUGAUAUACGCCGGCCGUAUGGUCAAUUUGGUGCCGAUAGCGCUAUUCCUGGUCUCGAUAUUGACCCCCCCUCUUUGACUCGGAGCCAUGAUGGGCCCAGCAAGUCUGGACAAUCAAAUUCUCCCCCAGGUGGGAGUCGUGGUGAAGGGAUUGGUGGCUGGAUUUCGAACAUGGUUAACCGUCAACGAAGCACCAACAGUCAAAGUUACCGCCGCUUGGAACAGGGGGAAGAGAUCAAUGAGUGA